AUGAUUUUUCGUGUGCUAUCUAAGUACUGGUACAUCCCGGUAUUACUCUGCCUCGGACAUUAUCUUUCUCGUUACGGACUCCAGAAGCAGACAGAGGAGAAGAUCGGGAUCUGCCAGCAGUUUGCCAAAAUCAUUGAAGAGGACGAAAACGCGGCCAAGGUGCGGGUUGUCGAGGUUUUGCAAUCACGGGCCUGUUUUGCCAAUGGCGUCGCCGUAAGCUACUAUCAGCACCUUUUUGACUGCUGGUCAGCGUUGAACAAACAGCGAAAAGCCUGGCCCCGUGCCAGCGGGACCUGCGAAGAAAUUACCCGGGACUACCGUUUUCGAUUCGACAGAGACUCCGAGCGAUGCGCGCCGCCA